GUAUGACAGUCAAUGAAAAUGGGAUUACAGUAUUAAAUGGAAAUUAAAAGCGUAAUCCUUAAUUAGAUGAUAUUAUUACAAUAAUGGGUGAAGCUUCUGCUUUUGUAAUUUACAUCUAUUUUAUAAAUUAGGCAUAAAAUUUGAAAUAAGUUAUUACAAGUCCAAUUAGAUUCUUUUAAACAGAUUAAAAGAUGUAUAUUAAAUCAGAAGGAAAAGUAAUUCUGUGAAAUAUUUGUCAGCAUUGUUUAGGGAUUCUAAAAAUAGGAAGAAAAAACUUAUUUUAUAGAGAUUUAAAUGGAGUAAUUAAAGAAAUCUAACCAAUUUGUGUUUUAGACUUUUAUGUACAUGAAUCAGUUCAAAGAAAAGGCAUAGGCAAAGAACUUUUUGAAGAAAUGUUAAGAUAAGAAAUGUUGAGACCAGAAAAAUUGGGAUAUGAUCGACCAUCACCAAAAUUAUUGGGAUUCCUUAAGAAGUACUACAAUUUAUAAACUUAUAUACCUUAAAAUAAUAAUUAUGUUAUCUACUCCCAAUAUUUUGAUAAUAAAUAGACUAAUAUUUCAUAAUAAUAAUUUGCAUAAAAAAAUCAUUAAUAAUAAUAAAACCCUUAAUUAGUUAACUAGUAAACAUAAUAAUAAAGAGUUUAACCAUAAUAAACUCCAUAGAAAAUGGAUUAAUUAGAUUAAAUGAUGCAAUAAAUGACUUUAGAAUCAAAAUAAUAAUAUUAAUCAUUUUAAAAAAGUAAAGCUUAACCACCUUGGGCAACUGAUUAAAAAUAAUUUUAAAAUGUAUAAUAUAUAAUGAUUACAUUUUAGAUGUAUUAAACAACAACUGGACUCAUGUCAGCUUAAAUUCAUAAAAAAUGA